ACAGCUUUCAUAAAUGGCGCACUGCUAUUCAGUUCAUGUUGCUGUAUGCAAAGGCGAUGUUGUGACAUUGCAGAAGGGGCUGAUGAUGAUGUCCCUCGAUAACCCCGAAAUCGGAAUCGUGGGAUUCUGCGGACGUCCGAGUAUAAGAGGUUAAGCGCCCAGGGACUGCUCUCUUACAGCUAUCACAAGUAUCUCCCAUGGGCAGUUUGGAAGCAAUUCGUCGACGGACGAUGGCCAGCCAGCCUCAGUGGGGAGACAUUCCCGGCUGGGAUCGAUCGAGUCCGGACAAAUUGCCUUCGUCACGUGCCGAGACCGCCCAUUCUUGCUCAGAUUGCGACGCGUCUACCGGCCCUGCCAGUAUCGAAAUGGGUACGGUCACCAAGAUACGACCUGAUUGUCAUGAUUUUUUCUUUUACCACCAGAGACUGGUCUCUAGAAGGUCUCUUGAAACAGGGAAAACGAUUCUUCCCGAUACCUCGAGUGUCCGCAGUCGGCGGCCAGUCCUUGGAGGAUAUACUGCAGCGAUAUGACGGCGAUACGAAGCCCUUGGUCAUUGAGGGCUGGCACAAACACCCUGGAUGGCUAGGCCAGAAAUUCAGCCUUGAAUGGCUCAGAGAGCACGGGCAGAAAAAUAUUGCGGUUCGUAAUAUUCAUGAUUGGUCGGAUCGUACUGUCCCUCUUGAGGAAUUUGCGAAGCACUGUCGCUCAACACCGUGUUUUCUUACGCCAGGAGAGACUGUCAGGUGGUAUGGAAAGGAUGCCGAAUGUCCAGCAGACUGGUAUGAAUGGCUGCACAAAUCUGGGGUCAUUCCAUCCCGCCUCCUCCCAGACGAUCCGCGAAACUGUUUGACGAAUCUACCAAAAUCUGCUGCCGUGGAAACCCUGAUGUGCUACCUUGGUAUAGGCGAAACUUUCACGCCGUGUCACAAGGAUCUCUGUGCUUCCUCAGGACACAAUCUUAUGUGUUACACUGAGAAUGACGGUUCUUCAUUCUGGUUUAUGACCAAGGGCUCCGAUGCCCUGAAGGUGGCUGAAUACUUUCG